AGUGGCCGGCAGUGGGAGAAGAUGGAACGAUAUGAAUUUUGGCCGACAUUUUGCAAAUUCUCUCAUCGAUUAAACAUUUGAUCUCAAUACAAUGUUCUGUUCCAAAAACUAGAAUAUGUUACGAACAGAGUGGAAUACGUUUUGUACAUUUUACCCUUUGCUAAAGUUUUUUUUAAAUAGUUGUUGUUUAGAAGGAGUGCACAGGCGCACUUCACAGAGUAGGCGUUCCCUAACGGAAAUAUGCAAAUAUAUGUGCUACAACGCGCCAAUAGGAUCUCGCUAACUUGAAUUUGGCUCUGCCCACAGACUCUUUCUUCCUGUUCGAAACGACGGGCUGUGGUCUAUCUUGGUCUAGUUAUAAUAUCUGUGUCACUAGCGUCAGGGUCAACGUGCAAAGCGUCUGAAAAAAACGACAACAGAAGCAUGAAGCCCCAACAGAAGUUGUUAAACUCAGUAGACCGUUGUGUAGACGAGGCCCUGGAAGGCAUUGUCUCUAGCUCUGGACGUCUCUGUCUGCUGAGGGGCCACAGGGUGGUGGUCAGGGCUGACCUGGAGGCCCUCAGGGGCCGGGUGGCCUUGCUGUCUGGAGGGGGGUCUGGCCACGAGCCAGCACACGCAGGGUACAUAGGCAGUGGAAUGCUAUCAGCAGCAGUAGCAGGUGGUGUCUUUGCCUCCCCUCCCCCGGCCAGUGUUCUAGCGGCCAUUUUGUCUCUACGUGACGCUGGGGUGUCGGGUGUUCUACUCAUCGUUAAGAACUACACCGGAGACCGCCUCAACUUCGGCCUCGCCGCGGAACAGGCCCGAAACCGCGCCGUCGCAGUCGAAAUGGUGAUUGUCGCCGACGACUGUGCGUUUGAUCAACCGAGUAAGGCGGGGAGGAGGGGCCUGUGUGGGACGGUGUUCGUUCACAAGCUUGCUGGGGCUCUGGCUGAAGAAGGCUGUCCAUUGGACGAGAUUGUCUCCAAGGUGACAGAGGCAGUGAAGGGCAUUGGUACUCUGGGGGUCAGUUUGUCUCCCUGCAGUGUUCCAGGCUGUCUGCCCUCCUUUGACCUGCCUGCUGGAGAGAUGGAGCUGGGACUAGGUAUCCAUGGUGAGCCUGGCAUUAAGAGGUCAAAGGUGACCUCGGCGGAUGAGGUGGUGAAGACCAUGGUAGACCAUAUGACCAACCCUGCCAGCCAAUCACAUCUGUCGCUGAAGUCAGGUGACAGUGUGGUUCUGUGUGUCAACAACCUUGGAGCGCUGUCUUGUCUAGAGAUGGCUGUUGUUACUAGAUCUGCUAUACGCAACCUGGAAGGUCGUGGGGUGCGGGUUGCCCGGGUGAUGUCGGGGUCAUUUAUGACAUCACUGGAGAUGGCGGGAGUGUCUCUGUCAAUGAUGAGAGCAGACCAGGAGAUACUCCGACUGUUUGUUAUACAGUUUGUUCCUGACAGCAGCUGCUGCUCUUCUGAAGGACCGCAGCGACCCCGCAGCAUGGGCCAACGCUAUGCAUGCUGGGACAGAUGCUAUGAGAUGGUAUGGAGGAGCUGAUCCUGGAGACAGGACUAUGUUAGACGCUCUGUGUCCAGCAGUGGAAGAACUGAGGAGACUGACAACAUCGCCUCCUGGUGGUCACAUGGCCAUUCUGCAGGCUGCCGUGGAGAAAGCUGAACUGGGGGCGGAGUCUACCCGUGAGCUCACAGCCAGGGCGGGGAGAGCCAGCUACAUCGCCACGGUACGCGUGACCCUUCCUGACCCCGGUGCCGUGGCGAUAGCUGCCAUCUUGAGAGCGGUGUUCGAAGCCCUGGGAGGACAGAAGUGAUGUCAGACAGACGCACGUUGUUGUCAUCGUCAUGGGGAUCUGUUUGAAAAUGUGAUAAUAGAUAUUGUGAAAAGCAAGAUAUGGUGACAUCAUAUUAUCCAUGACAUAGAAUCGUGAAUCUGACAAGGGAUGAUUUCAUCAUGUAAAUCUGAUAACUAUGAAGUCUUAACCAGUGAAUCAUAGCAAUGAGGAGUCUUAACCAGUGAAUCAUAGCAAUGAGGAGUCUUAUAACCAGUGAAUCAUAGCAAUGAGGAGUCUUAUAACCAGUGAAUCAUAGCAAUGAGGAGUCUUAACCAGUGAAUCAUAGCAAUGAGGACUCUUAUAACCAGUGAAUCAUAGCAAUGAGGACUCUUAACCAGUGAAUCAUAGCAAUGAGGAGUCUUAACCAGUGAAUCAUAGCAAUGAGGAGUCUUAACCAGUGAUUCAUAGCAAUGAGGACUCUUAUAACCAGUGAAUCAUAGCAAUGAGGAGUCUUAACCAGUGAAUCAUAGCAAUGAGGAGUCUUAACCAGUGAAUCAUAGCAAUGAGGACUCUUAUAACCAGUGAAUCAUAGCAAUGAGGACUCUUAUAACCAGUGAAUCAUAGCAAUGAGGAAUGAAAUGGCAAGCGACUCUGUUAGUGAGCCUAAAGAAAAUUGUAAAUGAGUCAUGAACUGAAAGGGACCAAUCACGAUGAGAAGAAUCUCACACUAUAUCUCGCCCAAUCCAUUUCAUGCGGAUGAAUUACCGAACUCAUGAAAACAACAUGAAAUGCCGGUACAAUUUUAUAAAACCAGACAGACGAUUUGUUCAUUUGACAA